AUGUCGUGGGAAGGAUUCAAGAAGGCGAUUAACAGAACCACGGGAGCGGUGCUGGUGAAAGCGGCCGACAAGGUCACGGACAAGGAGUACGACACGGAGGAGAGACGGUACAAGGUGCUCGAGAAGGCGGGCAAGGACCUCCAGAAGGAGACAAAGGGGUACCUCGACUCGCUCAGAGCAGUGACGGCGUCGCAGGUGGCGAUGGGGGAGACAAUCAACAACCUCUACGAGGACGCACGGUCGCUGGGCGGGGUGAACGUGGGCGGGAUGUACUUGCAGGCGGUGACGGACUACGACACGGAGACGGUGAAGCAGCUCGACGGCCCGUUCCGCGAGACGGUGUUGGACCCGAUCACAAAGUUCUCGUCGUACUUCAACGAGAUCGAGGAGGCCGUCAAGAAGAGACAGCACAAGAAGCAGGACUACGAGCAGGCCAAGGCCAAGGUGAGAAGACUCGUGGACAAGCCCGCCAAGGACGCCUCCAAGCUUCCGCGGGCCGAGCGGGAGCUCGCCCUCGCCAAGGACGUCUUCGACGACCUCAACAUCCAGCUCAAGACCGAGCUUCCCCAGUUGAUCGACCUCCGUGUCCCCUACUUCGACCCCUCCUUCGAGGCCCUCGUCAAGAUCCAGCUCCGCUUCUGCACAGAGGGCUACGCCCGCCUGGCCCAGAUCCAGCAGUACCUCGAGCCCCAAACCCGGGACGAGUACGCCAACGGCCAGCUCGACGUCCGCAUCGACCAGAUGCUCGACGAGAUGCGCAAGCUCAACAUCUGUUCUCUUGGCCUCAAGUGA